UCCGGCAUACCGGAUGUUGAGUAAGAAGGGAUUAUUAAGUCACAAUACAAUUAGCUAAAAUGUAGUAUAACGUUAUGCUCCAAUGUAUCGUCGCGUUAGCAAAAGACGAAUGUGUUGCGCAAUGCAUUAUUUAUACUAAGGACAGGUUGGACCUAGCUAACGGCAGUAUUUUUUUGAGCCUAGCAAACUAGCGUCGUUAUAUGUACUGUAGCUAGUAACACUAGCAUCCUUUUUGUUGGCUGGUACUAGCUGCCGUUUAUGUUGGCAGGAGCAUGGCUUUGUGUAGCUCCGGGAGAUAGGGGGCAAGUCUUCACUAACAUUUGGGUACCUGAAGUUGUAGGGGUGUUUGUGCCAGAAGUGUGGUAGGAACAAAUGUUGGAUGACUUCUCUUUGGCUACUAUUGGAAAAUCUACAUUAAACUGACAUUUCCCUUAUCAUGACCAUAAGAGAGUCUGCUUAAAAUUUAAGGUGCAGGAGACUGACAUGGGAAGUAAAAUGUCCUUCAGUAGAAGAGUCAAUGAUAAGGAAACAGAGUCAUCAUUAUCUGCCUCCCACAACAACCCUCCUGAACCCUUGCAUGCCCUGACUACCGACAAACAGUGUGAUAUGUGCUACCUUCAUUGUAGGUGUCUGAGACGAUCAUCAAAGAAGUAAACACCUGCCAUAACAUGCCACCUAUGAAGGAGCCCUUAGGAAGACAACAACAGCAGAGAAAAUGUCGAAGCCAGCAGGAGGAAGUGGUAGAUGAAUCCCGUCAGACUGUGACUCUACCAAAUACCCCUGUUUUGACUGUCCUUGCUAAUUCUGAAAAGGUACCCACUGGUGACAUUAAUCCUACAAGAAAACGCUUAAAGUCUCAGGCGAACACAGAGAAAAUACAUGUUAGUACACUUGCUACCAGUCAUGUCAUUACUCAAUGUAAAAGCGGCGCAUCAGAGGAGCAAACCAUGAACUGUAUCCGUAAAGAGCCUGUGGAUGUGACAAGGCCCGCAGUGGUGGCGGUUGUUCGUAAACGUGGUCGCCCUCACAAGAAGGUAAAGAUUCAGCAUACUGACAUAGAGCCUAGUUCGAGCGUUACCGACUGUGUAGAGAACAUGGGAGACAAGUCUCACACCACUAUUGAAAUGGACACAGUCCCCCUAAAGCAUGAAAUAAGCCAUACAGUGGUGUCUGCUCUUGACUUAUCCACCCAAGAACAUCUUACAGCUGAAUCCAGCCCUGUGACAGUCUUACCUUUGGAGACAAAAAGGAAAAGGGGACGGCCAAAAGGGUCCACCAAGAAAGGACAAGGAAAAACCAUGAACACUAAUUUAGUGCAACAAUCCAAUGUAACAGAAGAUAACAUUUUGUUGAAAAACGAACCGGAAGAGAAGGUGUCUAAAGAGGCAAAGAAAGCAAACACUCCUCAUGAUGAUGCACCCGUUGUGCCAAAACGCAGAGUUGGACGGCCCCCAAAAAAGACAACCCUCGUGAGGCAAAUUGCAUUAACACAAAGAAAGUCAUGUUCAAAUGCAGCACCUGUCAAUACCCUGGACAGACCCCCUCAACAUCAGGAGAUUGAGCCUGAACUAUCACUGGAUUCUAAAGGCAGUUAUGUGUCUGUGUCUCUUAGUCGCGUUGAUUCUCAGAGAGGUGGGAAGUUAAGUGGGACUGCUCACAUGAUCUCUAAUGUGAAAUGUGAGGAUACUGAAAUAGAGCUGGGUGAUUUUAAUUCCUUAGCACAAUCCAGUUGUCUGUCUUUUCAAUGCCAGACUGAGACCACUAUAAAGGCUGAGCCCUGUAUUGCUGGUUGUGAAAGCACCGAGAUAAAAAAGCCACUCAAAAUAAACAAAUGCAAAGAAACUACUGAAACUUCUCCCCGAAAACGAUCACGGUUUGUUUUUGGGAAAAAUAAAUACAAGAAAGGAAAGAGGAAAAAGUGCAUUGAUAGACGCAAACGCCAAUGUGUGACCUUGCAGGAAGAACUGCAACCCACGGCAAAACAGACUGGUGAAGACAGUGGAGAUGUUGGCAAGGAAAUGAACUGUGGGGAGGCAGCAUGGGAGUAUGAGGGUAAUGCAAGUAACAGUUUCUCCACUAGAAUGAUGUCCACAAAUGAAGGUUUGAAAGAUUUUACUGAUUGUCACCAAAAUGCAGUCACUAGUGAUGUGGACUUGCUAGGAACAAUGUCAAAUGAAUCUGUUUCUGAAACCGAUAAUGUACAAAAUGAGGAAUACAUAGGUAAGAACAUUAAAAAAGAGAGCGACGGUUUAGAUAAUGAAUCUGAAUAUAACCCCAAAAGCAGUUAUGCGAAGACUAGAGGUCGACCAAAAGGGAGACCUAAAGGUACAGGGAAAACAUGUGAGUACUGCAAUCGACAUUUUGAUUUUGUGUCUGUAUAUACCGUUCACCUACGCACUCAUACAGGCGAAAGGCCCUAUAAGUGCAUUGAUUGUGACCAAGACUUUGCCCAGCUCUCGAACUUAAAAAGUCAUAUCAAGAAACACAACAAGCGCUGUGGGCGUCUGAUGUGUCCAUAUUGCAAAAUCAAGUUUGUUAAUUCAAAGGAAUUGCUUGCUCAUUGUAAGUGGCAUUCGCAGAACUUGAACCAGGACUCAGACCCUGUGGUUAGUAAGAAGGAUAACAGAAAUGAUGUGACUCAUAGAGCCCACAUAUCUCCCUCAGAAAGGAGAAAAAGGGGAACAGGCGAUACACUCAAAUGCCACAUUUGUGGGAAAGUAUUUCCCUUUUUGUCUGGUCUUCAGGUUCAUAUACGUAUGCACACUGGAGAAAAACCAUAUAACUGUAAAGUCUGUGGAAAAGCAUUUAGUAACCUUUCAUCAAUUCGUAUUCAUGAGGUGACACACUGGUCUAUUAAGCCUUACAGCUGCACACGGUGUGGAAAGACGUUCACUCAGUUCUCAUCUGCAAAAAAACAUCCCUGCAAGGUUCUUAGGGAUAAUAUUUACAGGCAGAGCCAGAAGAAGCCUUUAAUAUCUUUUACAUGCCAUAUAUGUGAAGAGAGAUUUGUUCAGAGGCGUCAGUAUAAAACACACCUGAAAACCCAUGCAGGAGCAAAGCUCUUCCGCUGUUUGUUUUGUGACCAGCUGUUUAGUGUGAUAUCAGAAUUUGAGGAGCACCGCCAAUAUUGCACCAAAGUCCGGGGUGAGAAGACCACCUCCAAAUCUGAAUUUCGGAUUUGGAGAUCUAGGUCCCCUAAUCAAGAACUGUCUAACCCCCCACCAUCAAAGCUUUCACAGAAGACCAGUGUCAAGAUGAAUCCCCCUCCAGACAAGAUUUUGCAGAAACCAAGUGUCAAUGUUAAUUCAUCAGUUCAUCAUUCACCUGCUAAGAGUCAUUCACCAGUCAUUCAAUCAGUGUGUCCCACCCCUCCUCAUAGUCAGCCUCCUCAUAACCUUGAACCGAGCUCAGCUUCCUCUGCCUCGUUCCCCAAUCCUCAACGUCCUGCGCCGAUGAAGCGAAGCGCUCAGCGGUCUUCACAGACCCCCCGCAAAAAAGCCAUUGCAGCAUCUCUGCGUCCGUUCCAUACAUGUGUCAUACCCUCGCAAAAUCUGUCCCCCCUUGUGAUAAAGUUGAACAGCCUGGAUCGUAAAUCUGACCCGAGGAAGUACUUAUGUCCACGUUGUGGGCGACUUUUCAGGCACACAGGGAGGCUUCGUGCCCACAUGCUGACUCACGUGCGCAGCCAGAGCUACACCUGUGACUGCUGUGGGAAGACACUGGAAAGCUGGAAAAGGCUAUGGCUUCACCAGCGAGUCCACAGGCAGAAACUUGGGAGGUUUUCGUGUCCCAAGUGUCGGCAAGGUUUUCGUUUUGUUGGCCCCUACAAGCAACACAUACUGCGGGAACACCCUGAGUAUCGGUGGAUUGACGAGAGACCAAAAAAGACUCUCCAAGUAGUUGACCAGCAGCAGUGUUUACCUUAUCAAUGUGAGGAGUGCAACACCAGCUUCAGGACACUAGAUUUGCUUUUCAAUCAUCAACUUUGCCAUUCCUCAACAGGUGACAACAAUAUGUGGAUACAGGAUGACUGUUAUGCUUACUCUUCAUCAACAAAUGAACACGAUGCUUCUGCUGGUGUCAAUGGACUUGACCCUCACAUGAACAGUGGUGUAACACAAUUCCAUCAUACCUACUACCCUUCUCCACCUCAAGUAAACCACCCACAGAGUUCACAUCUUCCCACAUCUUUCCUUUCCAGUCAUUCGGACUUAACAUAUUCACCGUCAUCACUUCUGUCCGCACCACCCGCAACGCAACAUCCAGGUUUCCAACCAGACCAGUCAUAUAACGCCAUCCAGCCAAUCACAAGCCCUCUGUCCUCACUGUACACACAGGUGGAGACUAUUCCCAACCCUGACCGAAAAGAUGGGAAUGUAAACCGAAAGCGAAUUAGAUCCAAUGGAAAUGCAACAAAACGUUCUCCUAGAUCAAAGGAGGAUAAAGGGACAACGGAGUGUGUGGAUUGCGCAGAGUGUGGUGUUCAGUUUUCUGCUGUCUCCGAACUAUAUGAGCAUUAUUUGCAACAUGCCAGAGGAGAGGUUUAAGGAGUGAAAAUGGGGGACCCUUUUCUAUCAAUGAAGUAUAUUAAUCCCCAUCACUAGCUCAUAGGCUUACCUCUAUCACUUUAGAAAUGACUUUGUUCAACCAACAAAAAGUUUUUUUGUUUUUUUUAACCCACUAGUUAUUGUUUCAAUGUGUUUGAGUGAAUAUUCUGUUCAAUGGAAAUUGUAACUGUUUGUAUGUUGAAAUUAGGUUGGGAAGAAGUACUUUUUAUUGUAAUUAUUUACACUGAUCAAUUAUCUUAGUAGACAGUAUUGGAUUUUGCAGUGGCUGGGGUCCCAUAACCUUUUUAAAUAUACCGUUAUGUGAAAAAAAAAUUGUGCUUUUAUACAGUAGUGUAGUUAUAGCAGGUUCAUGAGGACAUUAUUGCCUGCUUCUUUUCUUCCCAAUCGGUUUAAGUGUACAUUAAAAGGACUUAAAACGUUGUUAUAGCUAAAAUUGCGCUUAAUGUGAUGCUCAACUGAUGACAAAUGUGUUGUAUUUUAACUUGUGCUUAACUAUAUACUUUAAGUGUCCAUUUAUUUUUAAGAGAAUCCUAAACCUCAUGUUUCACAAGUUAGUCAUUUAUUCUGUAGUUAAGUAUUGAUUUGUAACUUUUGCUAAGGGUUUUCACAGGCAAUAUGCUUGUCUUUUUAAUGAAUAUGGUCAUUCCCACAUGUUUACAGAAAGUGUUGUUGUUUUGUUUAGAACACAGUUGUUGCUCUCUUACUGAUGAACUGAUGACAGCUGUUUACAUACUAUAUUACAAUUUCUGUCUUCUCAUGGUUAUGAAUGUCAGACAAAAAUAAAAGCCUCAUUUCUAAUGUUA